CACCAAAGUGCCAUCGUCUGCCUCAAUGUUAAACCCUGCAUGCCGGGGUUAGGGUUUAUCUGCUCGGGUCUGUGCAGCCAUUGGUUAUUCAAUGGCUGUAGAACCCCAAAAAUCCCUCUUCCUCUCAGUGAUGUUGUAGGAUGAUCAGGAGAUGCGCAAAGAUGGUGUUGUAUGAGUCGAUGGCAAUUUCCUGCAAAUCCUCUUCUUGGUGCCCUCUUAAGCUGCAAAAUAUCCGUUUCAGAACCCAAGUGGGGAAUACCCACGUCGUUUUCUCCACCCUUUCCAACGACGAUGACCUCAGUGGAUUGGAUGACCCGAAUUUUCUAUCGAUCGAUGAGGGUUACUACUCGUCUCCGGAGGCAGAAAAGGGUUACGCAAAGGGUUCAGUGAAAACCACAAUGGACGAUUUCUCUUUUUUAGCUGAGACUGUGCCGGGUAGCGACGGUGGUUUGGAGUCGGCUGAGGGCCGGGAAGUUGGUCCACGUAAGUAUUCAAGAGAUGCUACAUUGAUUUCAGAUGCAAUUUCUGCUGAUGGGUACGAUUGGAAAAAUGAGUCCUUUCUCAGAAGGUUCAGGGAAAAAUUGAACGUUUCUUUGGUUAUAGAUGUGCUUAGACUUGUGAAGAAGCCGGAGCCUUGCGUAAAGUUCUUUAUUUGGGCUGGGAGGCAAAUCGGCUACCGUCAUAGCGGCUUGGCAUAUAAUGCGCUUUUAGAUAUUUUGAUGGAUGCUAAAAGAAUUAAGAUACCGGAGUGUUUCCUAUUGGAAUUUAGGGAUGCGGAUGAUGAAAUUCUUGGUAAGCUUCUUAAUAUAUUGAUUACGAAGUGUUGUCGAAAUGGAAUGUGGAACCAGGCUCUAGAAGAGCUUGGGAGGCUUAAGGACUUUGGUUACAGGCCCACAAAGACUACUUACAUUGCGCUGAUUCACGUCCUUCUCAAGGCAGAACGCUUGGAUUUAGCUUUGGCUGUGUAUAACGAGAUGACAAAUUCAGCUUUUGAAGUGGAUCGUUUCACGCUUGGUUGCUUUGUGCGUUCGUUGUGCAAAAAUGGUAGAUGGAAGGACGCACUCGGAUUAAUUGAUAAGGAAGAAAUUGUACCUGAUGCUGUUUUGUAUACGAAAAUGAUUCGGGGGUUGUGUGAAGCUUCUAUGAUGGAUGAAGCAGUAGCUUUCUUGCAUCGCAUGCGUGCAAGUUCCUGUUUUCCUAAUUCAGUUACUUAUGGGACGAUUAUAAUCGGGUUUUUGAAAUCUAGGCAGUUGGGUAGAUGUAAGAAAAUUUUUAAUCAAAUGAUAUCUGAAGGUUGUUAUCCGAGCCCUCGUGUUUUUAACUGCUUUAUUCACGCAGUUUGCAAAUCAGGCGAGUAUGCAUAUGCUUACAAGAUGCUAAAGAAAAUGUCUGGUGCGGGUCACCACCCUGGAUAUGUGGCAUACAAUAUCUUGGUCAGUGGAAUAUGUGCUAAAGAGGAUCUUCCAGGUGCUGAAGAUAUGCAAUUGGCUGAAGCUAUAUAUGCCGAAAUGCUUGAUGCUGGAUAUGUACUGAAUAAGAUAAACGUGGAACACAUAGCUCGGUGUCUUUGUGGUCAUGGAAAGCCUGACAGGGCAUACAGAAUCAUAGGGGAAAUGAUGUGCAGGGGUUUCAUGCCAGAAACAAGUACCUACAACAAAGUGAUUGAAUUGCUCUGUCAGUCCAAGAAGGUUGAGAAAGCGUUGCAUCUGUUUGAAGAAAUGAAGAAAAUCAACAUUGUUCCUAAUGUUUUUACUUAUACAAUCCUGAUUGACAAUUUUUGCAAGGUUGGACUUCUUCAACAGGCUAGGAACUGGUUCAAUGAGAUGGUAAGCAAUGGUUCUCCUCCAAAUGUUGUCACUUAUACGGCACUGAUACAUGCUUAUCUUAAAGCAAGACAGGUCUUUGAGGCAAACAAACUUUUUGAGAUGAUGCUGGCUGAAGGUUGCACUCCAAAUAUAGUCACAUAUACUGCUCUUAUUGAUGGACAUUGCAAGGCUGGGAAUGUUGACAAGGCUUGCCAGAUAUAUGCUAGGAUGCGAGGAAGUGGGAGCAUUCAUGAUAUUGAAAUGUAUUUUGAACCAGGUGCCGCUGACACAGAUAUGAAACCAAAUGUAGUGACUUAUGGUGCUUUAAUUGAUGGUUUGUGUAAAGCCCACAAGGUGGUUGAGGCUAACGACCUCUUGGAAGCCAUGUCAAGGGAUAGCUGUGAACCUAAUCAUGUUGUUUACGAUGCACUCAUUGAUGGGUUCUGCAAGCUUGGGAAGUUGGAUGAGGCACAAAGUGUUUUCCAACUGAUGGGUGCACGUGGGUACAGUCCCAAUGUGUUCACAUACAGCUCCUUAAUGGACAGAUUAUUCAAGGAUAAAAGGCUUGAUCUUGCAUUAAAGGUCUUAUCUAAGAUGUUAGAGAAUGGGUGUGCCCCUAAUGUCAUAACAUACACUGAAAUGAUUGAUGGUCUCUGCAAAAUAGGAAAAACAGAUGAAGCUCAUAAACUUCUAUUGAUGAUGGAGGAAAAGGGAUGCCAUCCAAAUGUUGUGACUUAUACGGCAAUCAUAGAUGGAUAUGGAAAGGUUGGUAAGGUUUAUGUUUGUCUUGAUCUGUUGGAACAAAUGACCAAGAAAGGUUGUGCUCCAAAUCUGGUCACGUAUAGGGUACUGAUAAACCAUUGCUGUGCUGCUGGACUUUUAGAUGAAGCACGUAAUUUUCUAGAUGAGAUGAAACAGAUAUACUGGCCAGAGCAUUCAAUCGGGUAUGGUGAAGUAAUUCAAGGGUUCAGUAAAGAAUUUAUAGCUUCCCUUGGCCUCUUAGAUGAGAUUACAAGAUACAGCUCUGUACCAAUUCUACCUGCUUAUGGUGUUCUUCUUGAUGCCCUCUGUAAAGGUGGUAGGUUGGAGGUGGCUCUUGAAUUGCAUAAGGAGGUACUGCAGUCCUCCCCUGUGCGUUCAUCUUUUUAUCGGAAAACAUACUCCUCCUUAAUUGAGGCCCUAUGUUUGGCAACUAAAGUCGAGAAAGGUUUUGAGUUGUAUAGCGAUAUGAUAAGCCGAGGCUGCACUCCAGAAUUGACAGUCUUAGUUCACCUCAUUAAGGGGCUCUGCCUAAUGAACAAGUGGAGUGAGGCACUUCAGCUGGCAAGCAGCAUAUGCAGCAUGGAAAUCAUUUGGCUUCAUAACAAAGGAGCUUUUGAUCAGAGCUAGAUUAGUUUGGCUUCUUCUGAUGUUGCUCUGUGGAGAACAAGAUGGAAAAGAAGAUUUGUUAUAGGCUCUGCGGUAGUGUCUGUAUCAAAAGGGAGCUGUAGCAAUCUCUGUCAAGCACUGUGCUUUUCAAUGUACUGCACUUCCUGUCUUGGACCCAAAUUCCACGAGACAAAUUUGUGCCACAUACCAUUUUGAUGCUGUGUGCCAUCUCAGCUGCAAUCUUUGGGUUUUGAAUGCUGCCUUAGCUUGAUGAGUGGGAGUUCAGACAGUGUGGAAUAAGAUUUAAGGGAAGGCAAUUCGGUGGAUCGAGUCUUCAAGUUUGUUGGGCCUGGCUCUUUGAUUACAUGUAGAAUACGACGGGCUUGCCUGUUCAUCCAGUCUCCUUUGCAUGAGAAAGAUAAGAUGAUCUUCGAGAGCAGUGUGCAAGGAGUGCCUUCUACUGACAAGGGAUAAACUAGCUAAGGUUUUCAAGCUUGUGUAAUGAAGAGGCAUAUGGGAUUAUGACCUUACACUGUGUGUGCAGAUAAAGUAUGAUCAGGUAACAUUAUGCAUGCCAUUUUUAGGGUUAGUGGAGAAUAAAUACUAAAUAGAACUACUGUCGGGCACUGGUGUGUUAUUUCCAACAUUUUCUGUUACACCUGUUGUAAAUAGAUGGGCAAGCCUUCAUUUUUUGCUGAAGGCUCUUUGUGGAAAAAGGUGCCCUGUAAGAUGAGUUGCUAUUAUUCUCCAGAACUGAAGAUACCCUUUCAAUUCAAGGUUUAGUUACUUGCUGAUGGAGAAUCUUUCACUUUACUACAUGGAGUCCUAGAACUUCACAAUGCCAGGGUAUAGUAAUUCUUUAAUGUAUUGUGCAUAGGGCAGCCACUACUUCUGUGAGCAUUUGGAGCAGGAUUGCUGAUUGACAAGUUGAGAGCCGAGAAGGUUAAUGAACCUCGUGCAUUAACUACCUAAGUAGUUUGCCUUAACCAACUCACUUAGUUUGCAAUAUAAGAGAAAAUACUGAACCAGGCAUCUUUCCAAGCCUAACUUGCUUCCAGCCAUGGCCUAAUACUCCAGCAUUCACAACAUAUUAAUCAACACCUUGUUCGCGGUUUGAAAUUUGUUGGCUCUGGACUUGAAUAAAUUUCUCAGGUGAGGUUUAUACCCAUGAACGAAUCCAUCAAGUAUCAUAUGAAUUAAAUGAAGGUUGAAAUUGGAAAGUCCAUAAAGCAUAAUUAUCAGCAUUGGUCUUAGUAGUAAGAAAGGUGGAAGCAGUGGAAGAGAUGGGAAACGAGACCAUGGUGAAGAAAGCUAAUGAAUCAAAACAAAAAGGAAUGAAGAAGAGCAAAUGUUUUAUUUUAGUUGGUUCGAUCUGUUAUGAUCUACGUCACUCUCUUAGCAUCAUCUAGCUAGAGUGUAAUUGUCCUUUCUGCCCUUUAAAUCAGGUGCGUUUCAGACAACGAUUGAUGUUAUCCUUGGUGGAAGUCUUGAUAACCUUCCAGGCCCAUUAUCAUUUUCAUGAUGCAGCCCCCUAGUAUCCUCCUCUUCCUCUUUCCCUUAUCUAGGACUCCUAUGUUUGGUAGAAACCAUAAGAUUGAGUCUUUCUUUCUUGAUUUCAGCCACAGGCAGCGAGCUUGACAGCCAAAGGAUUCCAGAGGAUGAAAGCUUAAUUCUCCAUUAAUCAAACUGUGAAGCAUGCCUUGCUUUUAUCUGGAUCCACUUUUCAUACAAUCAAUAACAAGAAAAAGGAAAUUGUAGGGCA